AUGGACAGCUCUAUAUCCUCCAGGAUAAAGAAGCUGGUCGAGUCAAAAAUCUUCCGCAACCCAGAAAUCGACAAGCUUGGAUAUGGAACAUUCCAGAAACCCCAGGCCCCAGAUACAAGUCUGCUUCUUCAAAAGGCAAAGGAUUUGAGAGCCAAGGCAGAUGCAAUGAUGGGGGAGUCUAGGAAAGAGGGAAUAAAGAUGCUUAUGGAGGCAAUCAUGAUGUAUAUAAAGGGAUACACAGAGGAAAGUGGAAAGUGCAAGGUAGUCGACAUGAUUUAUAAAUGGAAGAGCCUGGGGAAGUACAUCUGUAGGGCCAUCGGGUCUUUGGGCGAGGAUGAAGAGGCCACAGCAUUUCUUCGGCUGGUCUUGUUCAAUGUGAAGUUCCAUUAUCUCCAUUUGGAAAGCUCUUUGGUGAUCAAGCAGAACAGAAGAGGCGAAAGCCGAGAGGGGGUGCUAUCAUACUUUUUAAACGAAUACAACGACCUCCAUACAAUAUUUGCCUUGUCCAAGAUGAAGAUGUUCAAUGUACUCCAGCCUUGUGAUCUUGAGGACAUGAUAAGAGAAAGAAUAAACUCGAUAUAA